AUGGCGAAACAGGCAUGGGGUGGCGGAAUGAUUCCGGCCACUGCGAAAGGAAAGUUGACGCCUGUCCAGGAGGCUGCAAGCGAGUUGCAUCUCGUUUGUGUUUUUACCAGCAGUCUCGAUGAACGAUUCAAACCAGCCAUUGAUGCGUUAGUCAACGACUACAACCAGCACGGUAAGGAAUGGCUCAAAGAUAUCCCAGCAAUGGUCACGUGGCUCAAUAAGUUCCGAGGCAAGACGAAGGACAACCGCAAGAAAAUCAUGAACAAUUUACAAGAGGGGAGUAACCGUAUCAAAUAUCCGCUGUUUUUAUUGUAA